GAAGCAAGGUUACAAAGUGCUUCUCAAAAGACAUGGCGAAAAAUGUUAGGGGUUAAAAAAUAAAAGGUUCAACCGUUGUGUUGACAUAAUCUUGUAGCCAUGUUGAACUGUCCACUCCUCUGUCACAUACAUAAUUGAACACUGUCACCUAGAGACCAUUUUGUCUCCCUGCAGCGGAAUGGCCAAAGGAAAGAAGAAAAAACAGUCUAAAAAAGGUAAAUCAGUCACCUUGAAAAUGGCUCAGCAAGGCCAGGAGAUGAUUAUGAGCGACAGAGGGCGCCUGAACCUUAGUUUCCAGGGGAUCACCAGCGUGCCAAAGAAAAUCCUGAAGGUGUAUGGUAGGGAUGAGGUGAACCUGAGCAGGAACCUGAUCAGAAAGCUUCCAGAUUUAGAUGACAUGCCAAACAUCACCCUCUUGGAUCUGCACAGCAACAUUCUGGAGGAGCUCCCAGCGACGAUCUGCCACCUCGAGAACCUGGAGGUUUUGAACCUGUGUAACAACCGUCUGACGGAGCUACCCAGUGAACUUGGCCUGCUAAAGAAGCUCCACACUCUGCACCUGGGUCUGAACCAGCUGAAGGCUCUUCCCGCUUCCUUCGGAGAGUUGAAGGCGCUUCGCCACAUCGGCCUCUCUGACAACCAGUUCACCCGCGUGCCCCGCUGUCUCUUGAGGCUGAAAAAACUGGAGAAGAUCAACCUGGAGAGGAAUCCUAUCCCCACCGAGCCAACGCAGAGCCUUGAGUCCUACACGACCGAGACGCUCUGCCUGGUUAGAAAUAUCUUUCUGUGUGAGGACUGUGUGAAUAGGUGCCGAACUGAGAGGAAAAAGAUGGAUGAUGCAGCAGAUGCGUAGCCAGGAAUGGUUCUGGACGCCACUGGCCCACCCACAUUAUUCAUAUAAAUAUUUGGAGAUUAAUUAUGCUUUAUGUAAUUAUCAGAUGUAUAUAUAAUGUUACAGUGUUGGAUAGUUUUAAAAGAUUGGAUAAAUGUAUGUAAAGCUGCUUUCAGACAUCCACUGGACUCUGCAGGUUCCUCCAUAUUGUCUUCCAGAGGGGGUGCAUGUGUGAACACAAAUGUCUGAGUGAGACACUCUCAAGAAGAACUUAUGGCAAAAAAGACUGUUAUCCAUCACCAAAGAUAGCAGAUAAGGCAUAUUCUGGUUCUGUGGGGGGGGAUUUAUUCAUCAUGAAUUAUGUUUAUAUACUGUUACGUACAUACUUACUAACUUAUAUACUCAACAGCAAAAGCAUCAAUUGCUCACUAAAAAAAUAACAUUUAAAAGUAACUAGAUUCCAUCAAGUUACAUUUGAAUUUCCAUAAAUAUGUGUAUAGAGUUAUUCAAUAUGUUGUAGGCACCAACUAUAUAACAAUAAUAACUAAGUUGCUGGCUUUUCAUUAAAUGCAUUAUGAGAUGAAUUAUAUUAUAGAAUGCAAAACUGAGGUGCCAUAUGAUAAUGUAUGCAGCUCUGUUAGCUACAGUUAAACCAGCACUAGGGUCAUAGAGUGUGAAAGCACUGGAUCUUUAGUAUCUCUUGUGCUUUCUGUUUUACUAAAGCUGCACUUAUGUCUUAGAGGACAUUGUUUGCUAAGAGGAUGAAUGCAACAGCCUCUGCUCGCAGUUUACUCCCCUUUACCUUCAGAUCGAAAUCAAUGCCUUUUCACUCUGCUGUCAUCUGCCUUCGUACAAACACUCGAUACUGUCUUAACAGGGAAUAACCUCGGAGGUCCGUGUCAUUUGGUUUUCACCACUUGGCUGAGCCGAAGAGAGCUGAGUAGACUGUUAAGAUCUCGGUAGAUAGACUCAUUAAAGGAACAAGUGCCUGGUAUUGACUCGGCUUGUUGUGAGGCAGCAGUGUUACAAUGAAAACGGGAAGGACAAAGAGCAGAGGCCUAUAAAUUUCUCCAAUUUAAUGAGGAACCUCUGGGAGUUGAGAUUAUGAUGGAUGUGACACUUCAACCAUGCACAACAUGCAACAAAUGCUUCUGCAAUUAAGAAGUUAAAGUAAGUUCUUUCUGUGACCUCUGUAAUGUACAGCAUCAACUUUAUGGAAUUUACUUGUUUGUCACAGUUGAAGAAAAAUUUGACACUACA